AUGGAAUUGAAUAUGGAACCUCUACAUGGUCAACUCCAAGCUGCAUUCAACAAUGACCCAGAGGCUUUGCAGACGCCGCCACCCCGGAACCUCCCGCGCUGCCCAACCGUGGUCAACCCUACCGUGUUCUUUGACAUCGCCGUCAACGGUGAGCCCUUGGGCCGCGUCCCCUUCGAGCUGUUUGCAGGCAAAGUUCCAAAGACAGCAGAAAACUUUCGUGCUCCGAGCACUGGGGAGAAAGGCUUUGGUUAUAAAGGUUCUUGCUUUCACAGAAUAAUUCCGGGAUUUACGUGCCAGGGUGGUGACUUCACAUGCCAUAAUGGCACUGGUGGCAAGUCCAUCUAUGGGGAGAAAUUUGAUGAUGAGAAUUUCCUCCUGAAGCACACGGGUCCUGGCAUCUUGUGCAUGGCAAAUGCUGGCCCCAACACAAACGGUUCCCAGUUUUUCAUCUGCACUGCCAAGACUGAGUGGUUGGAUGGCAAGCAUGUGGUCUUUGGCAAGGUGAAAGAGGGCAUGAAUAUUGUGGAAGCCAUGGAGCGCUUUGGGUCCAGGAAUGGCAAGACCAACAAGAAGAUCACCAUUGCUGACUGUGGACAAAUCUAAUAAUAAAUUUGACUUGUGUUUUAUCUUAACCACCAGACCAUUCCUUCUGUAGCUCAGGAGAGCACCCCUUCAUCCCCAUCUGCUCAAAAUAUACUAUAAUCUUUGUGCUCUCAUUGCA